UCUUCCGGCCCAUUCUCUCUCCCCCAAACCAAAACACACACCCCCCAUCUCAACAGAGCCGUCCGCGCCCAAAUCUAGACCACUCGGUAGACCUAUCAACGGCUCUAGAACAGCGCCAUAACGCCUUGAAUCGCCACUGCCGCAGACAGCCACGGGCCAGAAACCCGCCGUCGUGUGUUACGAGGAAGGGCCUUUCCAUCGGUACCGCACCACCACACCAGGGCACCACCUUCAGCGGGCGGCAAAAAAGGAACGAGGAGGGGAUCGAGAGAAAGCAAAAAGCCCCGCAAAGCAAGAGAUUGCACAGAGGGGACCGCACAAGAGCGAAUCAUGGCCGACAGCGAGUACGAAUACGCCGCUGAACACAGCCUCGCACUGCAAACUAUCCACGCCGCGUCCCUGCUCACCAAAUCGGUGCUCAAGUCCCUUUCCAACAAUGUCUCCGCCGAAACCAAAGCCGACGACAGCCCUGUGACUGUAGCGGACUUCGCCGCCCAGGCCCUCAUCAUCUCCGCCCUGCACGCUGCCUAUCCAGACGAUGCCUUCCUGGGCGAGGAGAGCGCCGACCAGCUGCGCUCCAACCCAGCGCUGGCGGAUCGCGUAUUCGCCCUGGUGCAACAGCAGAGUGCUCGAUUGGGCGACGUGCAGCAGCGUGCUUCUGGUCCUGCUGCAGGUACCACAGCGUCGUCUGCCUCAGCAGCAGCAUCAUCAUCAUCAUCAUUACCCUCGUCGUCGUCGAACGUGCCAUUGACGUUACCCCGCUCCAGGGAGCAGAUGCUCGACCUCAUUGAUUUGGGCACAGGCACGCAGACCAAGAGCGGGCGCGUGUGGGUCAUGGAUCCCGUCGAUGGCACCGCGACUUUCAUGACGGGGAACCAGUAUGCUGUGUGUCUGUGUCUGUUGGUAGACGGCGUGCAAAAGGUCGCCGUCAUUGGGUGUCCCAAUCUGGCAUACCGCGACGCUGACGGCGGGCCACGCCGCAUUCACGAGGACGACGUCGACGCUGAUGGCUACGGCGUCGUGCUUUCGGCGGUUCAAGGCCAGGGCACGCAUGUUCGGAAGAUGCUUGCUGAUGGGCUGGGAGAGCCCACCAAGGUACAGCAUGAGCAGAGCAACGCGGCCACCAGGGACUUGACCACUUUGAACUUCAUCGACAGCGCAGUCGGCAUGACGUCGCUCUCGCAGGCAGAGCACAGAGAGGUAGCCGAGCUGCUGGGCGCGCAGUGGCCGGGCACUGUGAUUUGGAGCCAGCAAAUGAAGUACAUUGCCCUCACUCUGGGUGCUACCGAUGUCAUGCUCCGCCUCCCCAAGAACAAGGAGCGAUUUACCUGUGUGUGGGAUCAUGCAGGUGGCAAUCUGCUGUUCCGGGAAGUCGGCGGCAUCAUCAAGGACAUUGAUGGUGACGACAUUGACUUCGGUCAAGGACGACUCCUCACAGGCGAGAGAAACUUCGGCAUGAUAGCUGCCCUGUCAGGCAUUUGGGAUCCCGUGAAUCGGGCCGUGAAGGACGUUCUCGAGCGAAGGACAAAAUGA